UUUUUAAUUAUGUGGCAAUGUGCUUAGACUGUGCUUGGGCCUUGGGCCUUGAGCCUAAGGGUAAUAUAUAUCAGCAAUGCCUCUCUAGGGUCCUUUUUUUUCGUCCUGGAUGGCCACUUCGCCUUUCAGCAUCAUGUCAUGGGAGAUUGGACUGAGCACGCCAACGGUGCCAAACCGAGGCUUCACGUUAUGGAUUUGGAGUGUGAUAAUGAUUAUCUUGGCGGGGAUUUUCGUGUUGACUAGGCUGGCGAUUCGUUUUCAUAACCGCCGACUAGGGGCCGAUGACUGGACUAUCUUUGCGUCAAUGCUUAGCUCGGUGAUUCUUACCGUGACUGAGUGCUCUGCGGUCCACUAUGGAUAUGGAAAACAUUCUUCAUAUCUCACUCAGCACAACCGGGUCAUUGCGCUGAAGUGGUUCUUCGCAGCACAGGUCAUGUACAAAGUGGUCAUCGGCAUGACCAAGGUCUCUUUUUUCUGCCUUUACCUGCGCAUUUUCAUCCAGCCCGUCUUUCGUCGCGUCUGUUACGGAGGAAUACUGUUUAUCCUCGCCUGGAGCUUGGCAUAUAUCCUGGUCACCAUUUUCCAAUGCAAACCCAUCGCCUCGUUCUGGGAUAAAACCAUACAGCACCCGCAUUGCGUGGACAGCAAGUCGCAGUGGCUGUCGUACGCCGUCAUCAAUAUCCUGAGCGACGUGGCGAUUCUUGCGCUCCCGCUGUAUCCCGUCUCGCAGUUGAAACUGGCACGGGCGAAGAAAUUAGCGCUGGCCUUUAUUUUCGGCCUUGGUUUAUUCGUUUGCGUGACGAGUGUCGUGCGAACGACUACUUUAGCUCAAUCUGCCGAUGACAGAGACCCAACGAGCGGCCCCAUUCCCGCCACCAUCUGGAGUGUCAUCGAAGCCAACGCCGGCAUCAUCUGCGCCUGCCUCCCCGUCUACAAACAACCGCUACAAUACCUUCUCCCCCGGCUUUUCGGCUCCACGCACAGCACCGGACCGACCAGUCGCAGCAAAUCGCGCCGCAAGGGCCAAGGGUACGCGUCGAACGGCGACCUCCAAGAUCCGCAGGACAGCGCGUGGCGACAGCUGCACGGCAGCGGGGGGAGCUACUCGAAUAGCGUGUCGACGCGGGGAUUCGAGAUGUUCACGAUGCGCGAUCACAAGCAUAAUCACGAGAUCACGCAGGUGGUGGACGUCAAAGUCGAGUAUCAGGAUGAUCGGCGGCGGUCGGAUGCGUCGUCGAGGCCGAUCCGGGACCGGGAGAGUUUAUGACGAGGUAAUUGAUAGAUAGAUUAAUUGUACAUACACAUGUACUCACAUACUAAUUUACUUUCUCCCGGAAGUGGUCCAUCCAGCAAGUCAAAUCACUUGUAAACAAUCAUAUCCAUCCCCCCC